UCCGGCGACGGUGAGCUUUGCCGUCCUUGGGGUAUCUGUGUUGACUUACGUGGACGCGUUCUUGUUGCUGAUCGAAGCAAUAAUCGUAUACAGAUUUUUGACCGCGAUGGUGGUUUUCUUGCGAAAUUCGGUUGCGGUGGGACUCGUCCUGGACAGUUUGAUCGUCCUGCUGGUAUCACUGUUAACACAAGAAAUAACAUCAUUGUGGCGGAUAAAGAUAAUCACAGAAUACAAGUCUUUGAUGAGAAUGGGAACUUUUUAUUGAAAUUUGAUAGUCUCAAUUUACAGAAUAACAUCAUUGUGGCGGAUAAAGAUAAUCACAGAAUACAAGUUUUUGAUGAGAAUGGGAACUUUUUAUUGAAAUUUGGUGAAAGAGGAAGGCCGAUAGGGAUGUUCAACUAUCCUUGGGGGGUGGCAACAAAUAGUCAGAACCACAUAGCAGUUUCGGAUACAAGAAAUCAUCGCGUACAGAUCUUCAGUGAGAAUGGACAAUUUAUUCGAAAGUGCGGGUUUGAUACUGCCUUCUUCUACAAACAUCUCGAUUCUCCUCGAGGUGUUUGCUAUUUAUCUGAUGGACAACUACUCAUAACUGAUUUCAACAAUCAUCGAUUGGCAGUACUCUCUUCGCGAGAUACUCCAGAGAUGAAAGUGUAUGGUAGCGAAGGAAGUGUUGAAGGAAUGUUCUGUCGACCACAAGGAGUAAAGGUUGAUCCGGAAGGUCAUAUCUUGAUUUGUGAUUCGCGUAAUAAUCGCAUACAGUGCCUGCUGCCUUUAAGACGGUCUGUUCUACCCAUACACCUUGCAAAACGCUUUCAUACUGAUAUUCAAAAUCAGCCUGGUCAGCAGGAUCCCCACUUCGAUACUCGUUGACG